AUUAGCCAGUCUCUUCUUGCUCGCCUCACUUGUCCACCCUGCAGCGCAUCCUCCUGCUCCUGUCAGGGACCGGGAACCGAGUCGGGCAAACAUUUUCAGAGCAACUUCUUUUCCGGUUGCGCACUGCCUUUACGCACGAAGUUUUAGGGAGAAAAAUAGAUGCGCGGAUUUGUUUCAGACAAUUUGGUCAUUUGUUGAUUUAAACUGUUAUUUAUUUUUUUCGUUGUCAUUUUUUAAAAUCAGAGCUAAAGGGUCAGAGAGCGAUUCCGGUCCGCUGCGCUUUUACGCAUCAGGUGAGAACAGGUGCACUGCUGCCGAAAGUUAGGAACGCAAAAGACAAGGGCAGAAAAUAGUUAAAAAAAUACAUCUGAAAAACAAGAGAAAAAGAAAAACAGAGAGGGAGGAAAACAGGUUAGAGAGAAAAGGAGAGAGAGAGAGAAAGAGAGAGAACGAGAGAAACACCCCCUGGAGAAUAGUUCAGAGAGCCGGCCCCCGGCCCGAGAGAAGGAGAGAGAGAGUGAGGGAGUGAGGGAGUGUUUUAAAGCCGGCAGGAGGCAUGAUGUCCUACAUAAAGCAGCCCCAUUACGCCGUGAACGGGUUAACGCUGUCCGGCCCGGGCAUGGAUCUGCUACACACCGCAGCCGUGGGAUACCCCAGUACGCCACGAAAGCAGCGUCGGGAACGCACCACCUUUACGCGUGCGCAGCUGGACAUCCUGGAGGCUCUGUUUGCCAAAACCCGAUACCCAGACAUCUUCAUGAGGGAGGAGGUGGCUCUCAAGAUCAACCUGCCUGAGUCUAGAGUUCAGGUCUGGUUUAAAAACCGCCGUGCCAAAUGCCGCCAGCAGCAGCAGCAGAGCACCGGCCAAUCCAAACCCAGGCCUCCUAAGAAGAAGGCUUCCCCGGCCAGAGAGGCCCCCACGGAGGCCAGUGCCAACCCAACCAAUGGACCCUACAGCCCUCCGCCCCCUCCUCCAGGCACAGCCAUCACCCCCAGCUCCAGCUCCGCCAGUGCCACCGUCUCCAUCUGGAGCCCGGCCUCCAUCUCCCCGCUGCCGGACCCGCUGUCAGCCUCCACCACCCCCUGCAUGCAGCGCACCACCGCCUACCCCAUGACCUACACCCAGGCGCCGGCCUACAGCCAGAGCUACGCCGGCUCCUCCUCUUACUUCACCGGCCUGGACUGCAGCUCCUACCUGUCUCCCAUGCACCCGCAGCUGUCGGGCACCGGAGGGGCCCUGAGCCCCAUCACGGCCUCCUCGAUGGGAGGGCCCCUCAGCCAGUCCCCCGCCUCGCUCUCCUCGCAGGGCUACACAGCCGCCUCACUCGGCUUCGGAGCCGUCGACUGUCUAGACUACAAAGACCAAGCUGCCUGGAAGCUCAAUUUCAAUGCCGCUGACUGUCUGGACUACAAAGACCAGAACUCCUGGAAGUUCCAGGUCUUGUAAAUAACAGCGGCUUCAAACAGCGGGGGGAGGCGACGAUAAAAAGAGGUGGGGAAUCAAACAACAACAACAACAAAAAAUGAAGUAGUGCGAAUAACCCCCAUAUUACUGUUGGUGUUUCAGUAGAAGACAGAGAGCUGGGGACAUAGAGACAUUAGUGACGUCAGCUGAGGGACAAAUCAGCUAAUGUUACAGAAAAGGAGAAUAAAAGAAGUAUGGAAGUUGAUCUGUUAAUGCUUGAGUUUUUUCUGUCUUGGACUAUUGGGUUUCUAUGUGUGUUUUUAAGAAACAAAAAUGUCAGCCUUCACCUGAGGCCACAUGUAAGGAACACAAGACUUAUGUUGUAUAGCUACAAUAAAAUCUAAUUAGUUACACCAAAGUGUUCAAAACAGGCGUUGAUUAAGAAUAAUAAUGAAUAACAGUAAUUUUAAAAAAAGAAACAAUCAUUUCAACUGGUAGUUGAUGUAAUCUGAAAUCAGCACCUCUAAUGGAAACAAACCCAAAGCAGAUCAAGAUUUUUUUUUUAACCUAUCAAAAUCUGUACUUUCAUUUAGCUUUUAAUUUAUCCGCCUGAUUAACAAUCUAAGAACUGGGACUUGGUCAGGAAAAGAGCUGAGGGGUUGUCAUAGUUACGACGGCUAACAGGAUAGCCACUAAUCCAGAAAUAAGAGGGGACAUAAAUGUUUCCAAACAGCCUUUUGGGAAGAGUUGGCCUUUCCAGAGACUGCAGUACAAACCUGGACAUUGGACAUUGUUUGUUCAAUAGGAUCACUUCCACGCAGGGUGGGCAGCUACAGUCCCACUGUGAUGCCCACUCCCCUCACUUCAGCUGCCUGAGAGAAGCAGUUCUUGAAUUUGCUGCUCUGGUGGACUGCUUGACUGGAGAGAAAACCGCACCAGAGAAAAGGAAGGCGCAGCCCGUCCCUUUUGCACAGAGCGUCUGGUGCCUCGCUCCACUCCGUCUUGUAAAGAAGUGACACCACUUUUUUGUGUGUGUGUGUUCAAUUUUUUUUGUUUGAUUAUUUCUUUGUAUUAGACUUUAACAAUACUAUGUUUCUUUAAAAAACAAAUUGUGAACUUGUUGAAGUAAAAAAAAAGAAAAGAAAAAAAAACAAAAAAAAAAAAUGGUAAUUUGUUCAGUAUUAUCAGUAUUAAUACUAUCAUCAUCGCUACUAUGUCUUCAGCCGACAUGGAUGUCGCUAAUAAAGGUAAUUUUCUGUUGCUGUUUUGUAAAUAUUAAAACUUGAAAAUGCAAUCUCGUCUGGUGUCUCUCAACAGGCUCUGUCUCUCUCUUCGUCACCCUUAAAAUCUAGAAAAAUGCCAACUUUUUACUGUUCAUGUUUCUCUUGUUUAUACUUCUUCUUUUCUUUUCUUUUCAAACUCAGGGGUUCAUCCAAUAAAAGUAGCACUGAUGACACACAAUGUUAUUCACGCUUCUUAUCAUUUUCUGUAUUCUUUUCUUUUGCAUUGUAGUCUUCUCUGCCUAUAUUUUUCUGCCAUGGAUUAUUUUGUACCUUGCAUUUGUCUCGUGUGUGUGUGAGCGUUUUCACCAUUACCUAGAUAGUGCUGAUGUUUCAGAUGAGACAUUAAAUGACUUAAUUAAA